GCGACAACAGCAUUCCCCAAAAUGGAGAUAGGCUCGGGAAGAUACGGCCUGUCCUUGAUCACAUACUAAAAUCCAUUGGUGCAGCCUAUCAUCCCGAAGAAGAUCUUGCGGUCGACGAAAGCCUGAUGAAGUUUCGCGGUCGGCUGUCUUACGUUCAGUUCAAUCCUUCGAAACGAGCAAGAUUUGGAUUGAAAUUCUACAAACUGUGUGAGUCAUCCAGUGGUUACUGCCUGAAUUUCUCAAUUUAUACUGGAAAAAGUGAGAAAACACCAGCAACUGAUGGGCUAUUGUGCAGUGAGGCCGUUGUUCUUGACCUCGUUGGAAAACACUUACCUGAUUGCCACACGAUAUAUAUGGACAACUGGUAUUCUUCACCGAUACUGUUUCGUCGCCUUAAAGAAUCUGGUUCGAAUGCAGUGGGUACAGUUCGUCUACACCGUAAGAACAUGCCAGAUGAAUUCAAGAAACUCAAGAUGAAAAAAGGUGAAUGCAAAGCUCUCUUUGCACGAGGCAUCAUGGCUCUGACAUGGCAAGAUAAAAAGCAAGUAACUAUGCUCUCUACCUUGCACAAUGCAGCUAAUGUGACCGAUUCAGGAAAGAAGGGUCGCCAGAACGGCUUGCCAGUUUUGAAACCGCAAGUUGUACUUGAUUACAACCGAGGCAUGGGAGGAGUUGAUCGCGAGGACCAACAACUCGCUUCCUUUCCCAUCAUGAGAAGAUAUGCGAAAGGCUACAAGAAAAUCUUGUUUUACAUUAUGGACAUCACUGUUUAUAACAGCUAUGCUCUACUUGUCAAAGCAACUGGCAAGCGGCUCCACUACACUGAUUGGAAGGUCAAUCUCGCUGAGGCCAUUUUCGAAGAGACCACUCUGCCUGUCUACCAUGAUCGAAGAAACCCGCCUGUAGCGGCCUCACCAAUGUGCCUACAAGCCGCCGAAUGGGCUCUUUUUCCUCGCCACAUCCUGCCAAACAAAGUCAAGCAAAAUCCACCAAGACUUUGCUUAGUUUUUAAGGCACACGGCAAAAAGUCCGAGAGCCGAUGGGAGUGUGAAAAAUGUGAAGUUGCUCUUCACAUGACCGUGUGCUUUAAACUUUUUCACACACGAAAGUCAUACUGAAGCACCUGAUGCAGUCAAGCAUUGUUAAGCAAAUAAAACAAAGUUUGUUAUUCUA